AACAAUACAAGAUUGGCGUCCAAUAAACACUGGCAUUGGGGUUACAUCGAGCUGCUAUACGUCUUAUCCCCCAUUGCUCGGGUGUUGAAGUUCAUUGGAAUAAAGCGAAAUAGAAAGGAGAAAGAAAAAAUGCCAAAGACAAUCAUCGUCACCGGUGCCUCUCGAGGAAUUGGCUUAGCUGUUGCAAAGUAUCUCCUCGGAGCUCCCCAAUCCAGCAAUGUCGUCGUUCUGUCCCGGAGCCCGGAGCCCCUCAAAAAGCUCAAAGAAGAAUACGGUAAACAAGUCGAGUUUCUCGUCGGUGACGUUGCCGAUUUCACUCUUGCGCAAGAAGCGGUUGAUCUAGCUAUCAAGUCAUUUGGGCGACUUGACGGAUUGGUACUCAAUCACGGCACGUUGGGACAGGUCGGUAAGGUCGCGGAGGCCGACCCGCAACAAUGGAAGCAAGGGUUUGACAUUAAUUUUAUCAGUCUGGUUGCUUUCGUCAAAGCCUGUGCUCCUGCUCUUCGAGAAUCCAAGGGAAAGAUCAUUCUCACAUCUUCCGGUGCCGGCGUGUCAGCUUACAAGGGUUGGGGGCUGUAUGGUGCUACCAAGGCUGCUAUGAACCAUCUGGCAUUGACGCUAGGUGCAGAGGAGCCAGACCUGACCACUGUCUCAAUCAGGCCGGGCAUGGUCGACACGGAGAUGCAAAGGGAACUCAGAGAGGACCAUAUUACAAACCUAGAGCCCGACGUUUACGGGAAAUUCUCUACGGUAUAUAAAGAAGGGAAGCUUCUCAAGCCGGAACAGCCUGGCCAUGUCAUUGCUAAACUCGUCCUGGACGCUCCACACGCCCUAAGUGGGCGGUUCCUAUCAUGGAACGACAAAGACCUCGAGGCUUUCCAGGAAUGAAUUCAUGUACUAAAUGUCUAAUCUUGAUAGAAAUAUCAGCAUAGAUGUCGCAAUAUUAAUCCAUGAGUGAGAAGCAAUUUGAAUAUGUACAAUCAGCCGAAAGAUGAAAAGCAUUACAUAUUAGAAGCAUUAGGUGCAGAGGCACCUUCAUACUUAGCAUGGAAUGUAUUUUGUUCAUCAUGUAAUGAGAAGUUAGGGGAAUCAAGGAACAGGAUCCGACAUACCAAUGAAUACUAGCUUAUAUAUAGUUUCCUCGGCAUGACAAAGAAAAUUGAAAAACGGAUUGGGGAAGACAGGCUGCAAUGACCUGACCUGAUGGAGGAUUAGGGUAUCGGGUCUCAGUCUACGAUCUGCUAUCCUUUGGAAACGUUAGCACAAAUAACAUGGAACUGAGUUCGGCCAACAAGAAUUGUGAUAGAAAUUAAAUCAGAUAGUCCGUUUGGCUUGGACAGGUAAGUCACCACGAAAUGGUAUGAUAGGGGCGACAGCUAGGUUCAUCAUCGGUAAAAGGUAGGAGGAAACACAGAGUUGAGCUUACCAUUCAACUGUUAGUGGAGAUUCAUAUUUCACAGGGAUAAGUCUAGAUAAAUCUAGGUAUCGAUCAUGGGAGACUUCUGAACCAAGCCUCUGAAGAAUUC